AAUAAUUAAAUAUAUACGUAAUGUUCGCUGCCUUUGAGCUCAUCUAAGAUGGGUUGAAAAACAAAGGACAUUUCGUUUCUAACUAUUUUAGAGGACGAAGGGUGAGGGGAAAAGUUGACUUGAAGAUAAACACUAAAGUGUGCUGAACACAGUUUUUUCGUCUUAACUUUUUGUUGUUUUCAACGAUAAAAAAAAUAAUUUAGUGCACCAUUCUACUGAUUAAGUCCUUUUUGCCUUUUAUCACGGACAGGGGUUGAAUACAGUUUUACCAGUUGGGGGCAGUAACGGUUUUUAGGAAGGUUAUUUAACAACCGCGAACGAGAAUAAAAGUCGGAUAUGACGUCAAUUAUUUAUUUGCAGCUCGGUCAGAUUCACUAUAAUGUUCAGCUUGUUUUCAGCACACCGAUUAAUGUCAGGAAUAUUCGACUUCAAAAGCAGAGCCGUGUUUUGCACAUGCUCUGAUCCAGUGUUUGAGAGCAUCGACGCUACUGUUUACUUCUCCAGCCAAGGAGAAUCUCUGGUGAUUUCGGUUUGAUGAUUGCAUUUUACCGUUAAAUUAUAUGCACUGACGAUAGUGAUUACUCUGGAUAUUCUGUGCAGAAUUCAGAUUUAAGUUCACUAUCACCUCUAGUCUCGGAGGUCCAACACAGCAAUGGGAACCCAACGCUGGAACGGCAGCCCGGGGGCUUUAAGUAUCAAUGACUUCCCUACUGUUCCUCAAGAAGGAGCCAGUCCACCCAGCCUGGAGAACUUGUCCUGCGCUUCUCAGACAGUAGGUCAGGCCAAAGAACCGGAGCCCAUCUCCUAUGUCACUCUGCAGGAGCAGCGAUGCGUGCUGAGCUGGUUCCAGGGGUGGUCCGCUUCUCAAAGGGAGCGGUUCCUACAGGACCUGCUCGGUAAAGCGGUUCCGGGGAAAGUGUGUACUCUACUGGACUCGCUCAGUACUCUGCAGGUUAAAGACCAUCUACCAAACAUCUUUGAGUGUCAGCUGCGUCUCUGGACUCAGUGGUUCAUGUCUUGGGGAGAAGAAGAGAGGAAUAAUUUCCUCCACAUCUUGGAGGAGAGAGAUCCAGCGUUUGUUUCCCACUUUUACAGCUGUGUGGCGGGAACAGCAGGAAGAGACUGAACAGCAGGUGAAUCAAGAAGAUGAGCUUUUAUUGUUCGUUUGUUUUUUAACAUACAUAUAUACUUUUGUACAUCAUGCUCCAGAUGUUUUUGUUAUGAUUGUUUUGUUUUUUUCAAACAGACCAAUACUCCUUUUGUACACAAUAAUUAAAGAACAUGAAUUGUUGUCUCUAUGGCUUGUUGGUUUUAUUUAAAAGUGUUGAAGUAGUGAUCAGAGAACCCAUCAUAGGAAGAAGAUGCCAUGCAUUCAUCACACAGACUUAAGCCAAUCAACUGAUCCAGGUGUAACUGAAAUGAUCGGAGAAGGCUGCAGAGAGGGUUCAACGCAAAAGUUAAUAAAAGGAAACAUUUUCUCUGUGAACGGCUGGCCUUGAAAUGUGUAUAUGUGACUUCUGGC